AUGGCAAAAGUGUCCGCUACUCAAGGCUUGCCGCUAAAAGCUAUCGAUGCUGGGGAAGGCGGUGAUGAAGCAGAUGAUCGCACAAGUCAAGGGGUUCGCCUGAAGAAGGAGUUGAGCUUGUUAAAUGGUGUGGCGAUAAUAGUGGGGGUCAUAGUCGGAUCCGGGAUCUUCGUGUCCCCUAGUCUGGCCCUAAAAUAUGCUGGUUCCAAAGGCAUGGCAUUAAUAGUAUGGGUGUUGUCAGGAUUCCUAUCUAUGAUUGGUGCCUUAUGUUACGCAGAACUCGGUACAAUGAUACCGAAAUCUGGUGGAGACUACGCCUACAUAGGUGAAGCUUUCGGCCCGCUCCCCGCAUUCCUGUACCUGUGGGUGGCCUUGUUUAUCCUGGUGCCUACUGGGAACGCUAUCACCGCUCUGACCUUUGCCAAAAACAUCCUUCAGCCACUGUGGCCGGCAUGCGAACCGCCCACAGACGCCGUCAGCCUGAUAGCAGCUGUCGUAACAUGUUUUCUGACGGCCGUCAACUGCUACAACGUAAAAUGGGUGACAAGAGUUCAAGACACGUUCACGGCUGCAAAGAUUUUAGCGUUGCUGGUCACUUUCUUUGCCAGUCUGUGGUAUUUGUUUUCUGGCCACACGGAGAAUCUCGAAAAUAUGAUGGAGGGCACUAUCACGAAGCCAGGCGAAAUUGCCAUUGCUUUUUACACCGGGCUUUUCUCAUAUUCAGGGUGGAAUUAUCUCAACUUUGUCACAGAAGAACUUAAGGAUCCGUACAAAAACUUGCCCCGCGCGAUCUGCAUAUCGAUGCCAGUGGUGACCCUUGUGUACGCUCUCACCAACGUGGCGUACUUCGCGGUGCUGACCAACGCCGAAAUCCACGCGUCGGAGGCGGUCGCCGUCACCUUCAGCGAGAAGAUCCUGGGCGUGGUCGCUUGGAUCAUGCCCCUUUUCGUGGCCCUUUGCACCUUUGGCUCGUUGAACGGCGCGAUCUACGCUUCCUCGAGGCUCUUCUUCGUCGGCGCUCGGAACGGCCACCUGCCGUUAGCGAUAUCGCUGAUAGACGUCAAGCGCCUGACGCCCUUGCCCUCGUUGAUAUUCAUGUGCGUGGUGACGCUGGUCCUGCUGAUGUUUAACAACGUGGAAUCCUUGAUAGUUUAUGUGACAGCGGUGGAGGCGUUAUUCACUCUGUGCUCGGUGACCGGCCUCCUUUGGAUGCGGUACACUCGACCGCAACUGACCCGCCCCAUUAGGGUCAACCUCUUGCUGCCGGUUGUCUUCCUCAUCGUGUGCACAUUCCUCGUAGUGUUCUCCUGUUUCACGCAUCCAGUUGAAGUUGGCAUUGGCAUCGCGUUCAUAGCCCUCGGCGUGCCGCUCUUUUGCAUCUUCAUAAAGUGGGACAACAGGCCGCAAUGGAUGCACACUGCCUGCAACGCAUUCAACAUGGCCUGCUCGAAAAUGUUCCUUUGCCUUCCGGAAGAUUCUAAAGAAUUA